AUGCCGUCGUACAAAAACAUCGACCAGUAUCUCGCCGAGAUCAAGGACGAUAGCUCCAAGCUACUAGGCCUGUCUAUCGGGUCCCACCAGAAUGUGUCGCCAGGAACCAAGAUUCCGAAAGCUGACGCCCAAAAGCCUCCUACCCUGAAGCUCCCCGCGUCUCUCGCCUCGUCUGAGCAGACCUACAUUCUCAUCGCCAUCGACAUCGACGCCCCAUUCCCUUCAUGGCGCGGUCUGGGCCCUAUCCUUCACUGGGUUCAGCCCGGAUACAAGCACGACGCCGCCUCUGGUAACCUGACCACCUCGGAGCCCUUUAUCACAAACUACAUCGGACCUGCUCCUCCUCCCCCCAGCUCGCCCCACCGCUACUGCUUCUUCCUGUACGAGCAACCUGCCUCUCUGGCUGUCAAGGACCUCGCGCCCAAGGACGGCAAGACAGUCGGGAAUGUGGCGCGCAUGUGGUUUGACUUGGAAAAGUAUGAGACCCAGCUCGGCCUCAAGGGCGGUAGUAUUGUUGCCGGCAACUUUUUCGUGAGCAAUUAA